UUUCUGCACAGCCGUGUAUCUGCAUGGUGUUGCUGCCUGUGCACGCUGGAUAAGGGGAAACACUGCAUUUACCUUCUCUGUAACAAGAAACGCCGACUGUGAGAUCUGAAUAUGCUGCUGUGUUUGCAAAACCCCUCCAGGAAGAUUAGAAUAACUGAGUUUCAGGUCAGGAAAAGCAAACAAGGAAUUAAGCAUAUUUGCUACGCUGGUUAACGUGGAACCAGUUCAUUCCUGACGACCAACAAACAUGGUUGUGUUACCUCGGAACAACAGCCUGCUUGUGUUCUCUGUGCUUCCCGAGGAUUUUCCUAUGUUGAGGAGACAUGGACCGAAGUUUGCAUCUUACUGCUGUGAGCAGUUCUUUUCCCAAACGGACUCAUGUGAAGACUGACUGACUUAAAAUCUGGAUGAUGAUACUAUGGUGGGUAUAAUUAUCAUAAUCAUUGCCACCACUACCAUCUGACAUCAGACGCAUCACCAAAGAGAAGCAGAUCCGGCCAUCGAUUGAUGAGUGUGGCUGAUCAGUGGUUGCAGUGGACUCUGACCUACCCAGGAGCCAUGUGAUUCCCAUCAGUGUUUGUGUGUGAGAGCGGCCAAGGGAGAUCUGUCACUAGCUUCUACACAAGUUGACAGGAAGACGUACUCACCACCUCCAGGGGCUGAAGACGCUUGUGCGACCCACAGCAGGGGGGGAAGGAUCUGGAGUGUUUUGUCAUCAGGGGUUCAUCCGACUGAUCCGGCUGCAGCAUGUCUCUGCUCAUCCACGUGCUGGCCUGUGCCUUCGGCCUGGGCUCCUGGGUGGCAGUGAACGGCCUGUGGGUGGAACUGCCGCUCAUCGUCAACUCUCUCCCCGAGGGCUGGGAUCUCCCCUCCUACCUGACGGUCAUCAUCCAGCUGGCCAACCUGGGACCUCUGCUGGUGACCCUCAUGCACAAGCUGUGCCCGGGUCCUCACAAAGAGCGUGUGGUCAUCUACACCAUCCUCUCCAUCGGGGUGGUGUCCUGCAUCCUGCUGGCUGUCUUCUGGGACACGACAACGGUGGUGGCCGGGGCGUCGUACAGCUUGGCCUUCUUCAUCAUCACCUUCUUCCUCUCUCUGGUGGACUGCACCUCCUCAGUUACCUUCAUGCCUUUCAUGACGCAGCUCCCAGCAAAGUACAUCACUACGUAUUUCUUCGGAGAAGGGCUGAGUGGGUUCAUCCCUGGCGUAGUCGCUCUGGCACAAGGUGUGGGCAUCGCAAGGUGUGUCGACUCCAACCAGACGGAGGGAAACCACACGUACGGAAACGUGUCCAUCUCACACACUGAGUAUCUUCCUCCCAACUUCUCCAUCGAGGUGUUUUUCGCCUUCCUGGCAGUCAUGAUGUCCGUAAGCCUGGCAGCUUUUGUCGCUCUGAACAAACUUCCCCGAACAUUCGAGCUGUCCACUGAGAACCUCAUGCCAGACCCUGAGGGAUCCGUCCGCUACGGCCUGGAGAACCCCGGAGCAGAGACUGAUGGAGUGGCUGUGAAGGGUCGGGGUGAAGGUGAAGUCAAGGGCAAGACUCUGGCGACUGCUCCCCAACUCUCCACGUACCAGCUCACCUUCAUCUACACUCUGGUGGUGUUGGUCAAUGCUUCCACCAACGGCGUGCUGCCCUCGGUGCAGACCUACUCCUGCAUGCCGUACGGGAACCUCGCCUAUCACCUGACGGCUGCUCUGGCGUCCGUGGCCAACCCAGUGGCCUGCACCAUCGCAAUGUUCUUACCAAACAGGUCACUGGUGUUCCUCGGUGGGCUGUCGAUGCUCGGGGCAGGAUUUGGCAGCUACAACAUGGCUAUGGCUGCCAUGAGUCCAUGUCCGUUGCUGCAGGGUACUGUCGGGGGAGAGGUGAUCAUUGUGCUGUCGUGGCUCUUCUUCACUGGAACGAUGUCUUACGUGAAAGUCAUGGUGGCCGUCAUCCUGAGGGACCGCAGCCACAGCGCCCUGGUCUGGUGCGGAGCCGCGUCACAGAUGGGCUCGCUGGUGGGCUCGGUCACCAUGUUCCCGCUGGUCAACACCUACCGGCUGUUUGAGUCGGGAGAUUUCUGCAGCACCCGAUGUCCUGUGUGACUUUGAAACUUUACCUGUGUGUUGAGUAAGGUGUCCGAGAUGGAGGUAGCACGGCUCGCUCCAAAGUCGGCCUUCGAAAAUCCACCUCCUCUAAAGUGUACAUGUGUAAUCUGUCUGUAGCACAAACCUAAAUAUAUAAAAUCAACCCUUUUUUGAUUCAUUGGAAGCUAUGGAGGCAGAACUAUUUCUUGACAACCUCUGACCUUAGUCUUUAUGCUAAGCUAUGCUAACUGAAUCAUGAGGGUCAUAUUGAUGUAGAACUUUUUCUUUGACGUUCCUCGGCAUCUUUAAAACUUUAUUUACCUCCACCAAGAAAGUUAUGUCUUCACCCUUGUGUGGGUUCGUUGGUUUAUUUGUCAGCUGCAGAGAAACUUCUUCAUUAGUGGAGGGAUGAGGCCCCAUGGGAACAACCAAUAAGAUUUAGUCGUGGAUGCAGAUUAAGGUGUAGAUUAAGGAACUAAGGCAGAUUAUCGGAUGUUUUCCUAAAUCUUACUGAGAAUUCUGUACAGAUCUUUAUACUGAAAAUCAAUCAGGCGUAUUAUUGGCUCCACCAUUUAAAAGAAUUGAUGCUUUUAUGGUCAUUCUUUUCUCUUUGCAGCAGAUUUUUUAAGCCGUG